AUGUCAAGCGGUGAGGAAGACAUGCCUGUUUGUCGUUGUGGACACAUGAUGAGGUUCAUGCAUACGAGUACGAGGACAUGGUUUUGUGCAGGGUGUGAAGAAAGCAAGGCAGCAUGUAUUGUUCGAUACCAUUGCGAAGAAUGUCACCAUGAUGCUUGUGAUGACUGCAUCUGGGCAACGUAUCAUGAGAUGGGCUUGCACCAGCAGCAAGAUCCGUCGGAGUCGGAAGAUGACGACAGUGAGCACGUGUGGCAUGCAGAGUAUUGCGACAUUGGGUCACAUCACUGGCACAGAAGUGACACUGAGAAUAGUGAAGGUGAGUCAGCCGGCAGCAGCCACUUCGAUGAUCCUGUCGGAAUUACACGCCCGGAUGAUGUUGAGGUCGGCGUCGCAGGAACGUGCAAUCCAGAACGCCAUGACCAUCAAGAUGAAGAUGCCUACUGGUAUGGUUGGGAAGAAGAGGACUACCUGGUCAUCCCCAGGGACGAUUGGGAGGAACCCCACUACUCCGGACAUGACUCUGAAGCAUCGGCUUCCACAGGAUUGGACCCCAAGACCGACCCAACGCAAGCCAUCAAAGAUAUGUUGAAUGUCAAGGGUGCGGGUGCGUGA